CCUGGCACGGCCCAGCCUCCAUAAAAUCGCAACAACGCGAGAUACGACCGAGGCACAACAACCCACGAAACUCUGCUCGCAGUUGGCAUCGUGUCAGUCUCGACUCGCCGUCUCCCUCCUCCGCCAAUCUUUCUCUCUCGCUGCCGUACGUCGUCCGGCGCCGACCAUGGCCGAGUACCACCUCAGCGCGCAGCUCCACGGCCACGAGGAUGAUGUUCGUGGGAUCUGUAUCUGUGGUGAUGUGGGGGUUGCAACAUCAUCAAGAGAUAAAACAGUGAGAUUCUGGACGCAGCACCCGGAAAAGAAGCGCGAAUAUGUCCUCUCAAAAACACUUGUAGGACAUUCAAGUUUUGUUGGCCCGAUGGUUUGGGCCCCACCUUCUGAUCGCUUUCCGGAAGGAGCGAUUGUUUCUGGUGGCAUGGAUACACUAGUAUUGCUAUGGAAUUUGCAUACAGGAGAAGUUGUUAGAACAAUGAAGGGUCACACCUCACAGGUGACUGGUCUUGCUAUCGACGACAACGGUGACAUUAUAUCUUCAUCGAUGGAUUGUACUUUAAGAAGGUGGAGAGAUGGCAAUGCUGUAGAAGUUUGGGAGGCUCAUAAAGUUGCAGUGCAAACUGUUCUAAAGCUGCCCUCGGGAGAACUAUUUACGGGUUCAAGUGAUUCCACCAUUAAACUUUGGAAAGGAAGGACUUGUCUCCAUACAUUCUCUGGGCAUGCAGACACUGUUCGAUGUUUAGCACAGAUGCCAGGGAUGGGUAUACUUUCUGCAUCACAUGAUGGAACUAUAAAAUUAUGGGCAUUAACUGGGCAACCCCUGUUGGAGAUGAUUGGCCAUACCUCUCUUGUAUAUUCUGUGGAUGCGCAUUCAUCUGGUCUAAUUGCUAGUGGCAGUGAAGAUCGCUCUGUCAAGAUAUGGAAAGAUGGAAUCUGUGUUCAGAGCAUUGAACACCCAGGAUGUAUAUGGGAUGCUAAAUUUUUGGAUAAUGGAGAUGUUGUUACUGCAUGUUCUGACGGAGUUGUGAGGAUAUGGACAACCGACAAUAAUAGGUUCUGCAGUGAUGAGGAACUUGCAACAUAUACCGAUAUUAUUUCUCAGUACACACUAAGCAGAAAGACUGUUGGUGGACUGAAGUUGAUGGAUCUACCAGGAGUUGAGGCACUGCAAGUUCAAGGAAACACUGAUGGGCAAACUCUAAUUGUUAGAGAGGGGGAUAACGGUGUUGCUUAUUCAUGGAAUUCAAAAGAGCUAAAAUGGGACAAAAUUGGUGAAGUGGUGGAUGGACCUGGGGAUGCUGCACAAGGUCAGGUUUAUGAUGGUGCUCACUAUGACUUCGUUUUUAAUGUUGACAUUGGAGAUGGAGAGCCCAUUCGGAAACUGCCCUACAAUCGAUCAGAUGAUCCAUACGCAGUUGCAGACAAAUGGCUCCUGAAAGAAAAUCUUCCAUUGACAUAUCGCCAGCAAGUUGUAGAAUUCAUACUGCAAAAUUCUGGGCAGAACAAUUUUGUUCCAGAUCCAUCUUUCCGCGAUCCUUAUACUGGGGGUAAUGCAUAUGUACCCGGGCAAUCGUCUUCGUCAAAUGGUAGUGCCCCAAAACAAACUUUCAAGCACAUACCAAAGAACGGAAUGUUACUAUUUGAGACGGCUCAGUUUGAGGGAAUCCUUAAGAAAAUUACAGAAUUCAGUGCAACACUUGCAUCUGACUCGGAACAAAAACAUCUAUCCUUGUCUGAGGCAGACUUUUCAAGAUUAGCUGCUAUAGUGAAAGUAUUGAAAAAUACAUCAUUUUAUCACACAAGCAAGCUUGCAGAUGCUGACAUCGUGUUGUUGCUAAAAAUAUUGAAGUCUUGGCCUUCACAGAUGAUGUUUCCAGUUGUUGAUUUUCUGAGGGUGUUUGUGUUGCAUCCUGACGGGGCUACUUUACUUCUUAAGACCAUCGAAAGUGGAAACGAUGUACCCAUGGAAACCUUCCGUAAGGCUGUAGCAAUACCUGUGCACUCACCGAAUGUGCUUACAAUCCUCAAAGCAGUUACUAACUUAUUUGACAACUCAUGCUUACACCAAUGGUUGAAAACCCAUUGUGCUGAGAUUAUUGAUUCUUUCUCGAGCUGCAAGCCGUCUUUUAGCAAGAACGCUCACUUGGCAUAUGCCACACUUUUACUGAACUAUUCUGUUCUUUCAAUUCAAUCGAAGGAUGAACAAAGUCAGGCACAAAUUCUUUCUGCGGCCCUUGAAAUUGCUGAAGACGAUGCCCAAGAUGCCGAUUCAAAAUACAGGGCCCUUGUUGCAAUCGGCUCUCUUAUGUUGAACGGCCUGGUCAAGUCCAUCGCCCUUGACCUCGACGUGAAGAGCGUCGCAAGCAGCGCAAAAGCUUCCAUGGACUCGAAGAUCGCCGAAGUCGGAGCUGAUAUUGAGCUGCUAACAAGAUGAGAGAAAAGAGUGUCACAGAUACAUUGGAGAGAAAAGGAGGAACGGAGGGCUGGGCGCAGCGUUGCAGCUAAGUAGUGGUAGCAGCCCACAUCCGCGCAGGUGGUAGCAAUAGCAUAACUUUUGCGUGAGUGCAGGAGAGUUUGCUGCACCUUGUAAUCAGCAUGGUAUCGUGCGAAUCCUUCGCUCUGAUCACAAAGUUUACUAUUUAUGCGCACGCAGGCGACUGAUCACAAAGUUAGUAUAAAGUUGAGUCACUUAUUUUUGGACGGAGGGAGUAAUAAACACAGAAGCACAUCGUUGAUUC